UGUGUGUGUUUGCAGUGAACUGCUUGGACCGUCACGUUCACACUUGUCCAGAGAGAGUGGCUCUGAUCUGGGAGAGAGAUGAACCUGGAACUGAGGUCAAGAUCACCUACAGACAGCUACUGGAGCUGACCUGUCGCCUGGGCAACCUGCUGAAGCGCCAGGGGGUGCGGAGGGGGGACUGUGUGACUAUCUAUAUGCCCCCCUGCCCCCUGGCAGUGGCCUCCAUGUUGGCGUGCGCCCGGAUAGGUGCGGCCCACAAUGUGGUCUUCGCCGGGUUCAGCUCCGAGGCCCUGGCUGACCGCAUCAGAGACGCCCAGUCCAGCACGGUGAUCACGGUCAACCAGGGUGUGAGGGGAGGCAAGGUGGUUGACCUGAAGAGAACCGUGGACCAGGCCGUCCAGAACUGUCCCUCAGUCCAGCAGGUCCUGGUUGCCAUGAGAACAGAGAACACCGUUGCCAUGACAGACAGAGAUGUUCCGCUGGAGGAGGAGAUGAUGAAGGAGGAUGUGGUGUGUGAGCCCGUUGCCAUGGACAGUGAGGACGUCUUGUUCCUGCUCUAUACGUCAGGCAGCACAGGGAAACCUAAGGGUCUGGUUCAUACACAGGCUGGUUACCUGCUGUACACCUCCCUUACACACAGGGUGAGGGUCUGGUAA